AUGCCGGACACGGACAGGUUCUAUUGUUGGCUGCUCCAAGUCUUCGUCCUCUCCGGCCUCGUCGUCUUCUUCAUAUGGCUGAGCCUCCGCAUCUCCGACCCCUCCUACACCAUCGUCGAGGUCACCAUCCUGCAACCAAACAACGGCACCGCCGACUCCACCGUCUUCUUCGGCAUCGAAAUCGCCAACAGGAACAGAGGCUGCGGGGUUUACUACAGCGACAUGAACGUGUCGCUGUACGUGAUGGAUGCGAGCGUGGGGUCAACGACGAUACAGCCUUUCUACCAGGGCCACGGGAAGACUGCCCAGGUGAGGGGAGGGGCGAGCUGCGGCCGAUGGGUCAGCGACGCCAUCAGCAGCGGGGCGGCGCAGCUGAGAUUUGAGCUGAUGGCGGCGGUGAAGUACAAGAUGUGGUUUUGGAGGAGUAGACUGCACCGGAUGAGCAUGCAGGGAAGCGUCCACGUAGGGAAGGAUGGGAAGCUCUCGAGAACGAGCAAAAUGGUGAGAAUGCGCCCUUCUCAGAAGAAACGGAGGUCGCGGCUCAAGCCUCGGAAGUAG